AUGGACGCAAGUCCAACGAUAACCGCCAAUUGGUCUUCCCCGCCGUCCAUCUCUGGUGGAGAUGCCGUCCCGCCGCUACACUACAGGCUACAGCGGUGGACUCUACUGUGCCAACCGCCUCUCCUUCGUCCACCUCAACGUGGGCGUGGGACCACCAACUUUGCUCCCCGUCCCAUCCGACCCGACGUUGCCCGUCAUAAGAAACACAACGGGUUUGCGGGUUUGCGGGGUUUUUUUUUUCAACGAGUCAUUAAGCUCGCUAAAAUGCCACUCAGCCGCUACAAUAGCCAACCUCAUGCCUUGCGUAGCCGCUCAAGUGCCUCAAACCGCUAUACGAGAAACGCUAGCGACACGAGCAUGCUUAAUCGGAAAGAAUGCAGCGCAUGCCUGGGAAACGCAUGGGAAGAUGGAUUAUGA